AGGACAUAACUGACACCCCCUCAUCCAGUUUUCUGAAGGCUGGUCCAAAGAACUGGCCAAUAGCUGACAGCCAAUGGAUGACCCUGAAUAUAAAGGCCGGCAAACCAAGUUCAUGCUCAAGAAGCUCAAGACAGGAGAAGAAAUCUCUGUUAGUUUACUCCUCGUCAAGUAUUUACAUGACUACACAAGGAUAACCCAACCAGUUGAUGCAGAGUUCUGCCCUUUUCAAGCACUCCUGGAUGCCUGAAGACUUCAAAGCUACCCUGCUCUUCUAUUGUUGACUGUUCAAAAUCUGAGAAUCCCCUCCAGCAUUCACGAUGGAGAGGGCGAACGGAGGGGCGCACAUCAACUCUGCCUACGACGCCAACCUGGAUGAGCCCCCCGUCUACGAGACCAACGAGGAGCAUCGGACGGUCCGGCCCUCGGUGAUCAGCGCCUUUGGUCAUGACACUUUGGACCGAGUGCCCAACAUUGACUUCUACCGAAAUGCGGGCAGCGUGAGUGGUCAUCGAGCUGUGCGGCCGUCCCUGCAGGAGCUCCACGACGUGUUCCAGAAGAAUGGGGCGAUCUCUGUGCCGGAGACGGUGCAGGACGAUGGAGAGACGAGCGAAUGGACCCCGUCUGAGGAUCUGGAGUCUGCCAUUAUCCCUGAGAAGGGAGGUGUGAAGUUUGGCUGGAUCAGGGGAGUCCUGGUGAGAUGCAUGCUAAACAUCUGGGGUGUCAUGCUGUUCAUCCGUCUGUCCUGGGUUUUCGGACAAGCAGGCUGGGGUCUGGGAAUUGUGGUCAUUCUUCUCAGCUGUGUGGUCACCACUGUCACUGGCCUUUCCAUGUCGGCCAUUUGUACCAAUGGUGUGGUAAGAGGAGGAGGGGCGUACUACUUGAUAUCUCGUAGCUUGGGACCGGAGUUUGGCGGGUCGAUCGGCCUCAUUUUUGCCUUCGCCAAUGCAGUGGCAGUAGCCAUGUAUGUGGUGGGAUUUGCUGAGACCGUGGUUGAUUUGCUUAAGGAAAAUGAUGUCCUCAUGGUGGAUGAGAUCAAUGACAUCAGAAUCAUCGGGUGCAUCACGGUGGUGCUGCUCUUGGGCAUAUCUCUGGCAGGGAUGGAAUGGGAGGCCAAGGCACAGAUUGUUCUACUUAUUAUCUUGCUUGUGGCCAUAGUGAACGUAUUUGUGGGAACAGCCAUUCCUGCAACUGAAGAUAAGAAAUCAAAAGGCUUUUUCGGCUACGACUCGCAAAUCUUUAUGGAGAAUUUUCCGCCGGAUUUCAGGGCUGGUGAAUCUUUUUUCUCAGUGUUCGCUAUAUUUUUCCCGGCGGCAACAGGGAUCCUCGCUGGAGCAAAUAUCUCUGGAGACCUGAAGGAUGCCCAAGCCGCCAUACCCAAAGGUACCUUGUUGGCCAUCCUGAUAACUGGCAUCACUUACCUUGGAGUGGCUCUUUGUGUUGCUGCUACUGUGGUGCGAGAUGCCACCGGAAACGUGACUGACCUCAUCACGCCGGGGGUCCCCUGUAACGGCUCGGCCAUUGCUGCCUGCGAAUUCGGCUAUAACUUCUCUUCCUGCACAGAAAAUACAAUGUCAACAUGCGCAUUUGGCUCCAUGAACAAUUUCCAGGUGAUGACCAUGGUGUCAGGGUUUGGGCCUCUCAUCACUGCGGGAACAUUCUCAGCCACGCUUUCAUCGGCUUUGGCCUCCCUUGUUAGCGCUCCAAAAGUGUUCCAGGCUCUGUGUAAAGACAACAUCUACAAGGCCCUGCACUUCUUUGCCAAAGGACACGGAAAGAAUAAUGAGCCGAUCCGUGGCUAUAUCCUCACAUUCAUUAUUUCCGUGGCCUUCAUUCUCAUCGGCAACCUCAAUACCAUUGCUCCUAUAAUCUCAAACUUCUUUCUGGCAUCUUACGCUCUCAUCAAUUUCUCCUGCUUCCAUGCAUCCUAUGCCAAGUCUCCAGGUUGGAGACCUGCAUACAAAUACUACAACAUGUGGCUAUCUCUGUUCGGUGCUCUGCUCUGCUGUGUUGUUAUGUUUGUUAUCAACUGGUGGGCCGCUCUGCUCACGUACGGAAUUGAAAUCCUUCUUUACCUUUACGUCACCGUGAAGAAGCCAGAUGUGAACUGGGGUUCGUCCACUCAGGCGGUGACAUUUGUGAGUGCGGUCAGCAAUGCUCUGUCUCUGUCUGGAGUCGAGGAUCACGUCAAGAACUUCAGGCCUCAGAUCUUAGCUCUAACGGGGUCACCACGAAGAAGGCCGGCUCUUUUGGACGUGGCUCACUCUCUCUCCAAGAACUAUGGACUCUGUCUCACCUGUGAAGUUUUUGUGGGCCCCAGAUCAGAGGUCCUUCAGGAAAUGAACACUGGAAUGGAGAGGAACCAGCUAUGGCUGAAGAAGACCAAACGCAAGGCCUUUUACGCCGCCGUGGCCUGUGACAACUUCAGACUAGGAGCUGAGAGCCUGCUGCAGGCUAGUGGUCUCGGCCGUAUGAAGCCUAACAUACUCAUGAUGGGCUUCAAGAAAGACUGGAAGACCGUAAGCACUGAGGAAGUGAGGGAUUACGUGGGAGUGCUGCACGAUGCGUUUGACUUUGAGUACGGGACAGUCGUGCUGAGGAUGAGCGAGGGACUGGAUUUGUCGCAUAUCGUGGAGGCAGAAGAUGAGAUGCUGAAGGCGGCAAAGGAGCAGCAGGCACUGGAAAUGACGGAGAAUGGAGGAAAAUCAAAAGGACUCUUCAGGAAGUCCAGGAAUUCAUCUCAGCAAGUGCUCACGACCAGAGUGUCGGUGUGCAGCCCCCCACCUGCGCAGGUUGCCAAGAUGAAUGAGAGGCUGAUAGAGGCCAGUGCUCAGUUCAAGAAGAAACAGCCUAAAGGCACCAUUGAUGUGUGGUGGAUGUUUGACGAUGGAGGCCUUACCCUGCUGCUCCCCUACAUCCUCACCACCAGGAAGAAGUGGAAAGACUGUAAAUUAAGGAUCUUCAUUGCAGGGGAGCCCGGCCGCAGUGAACUGGAUAAACAGGAGAUGAAGUCUCUGUUGCAGAAGUUCAGAAUUAACUGCAGUGACAUUAAUGUCGUCGAUGAUAUCCAUAUGGGACCCCGCUCUGAGAGUCUGAAGCAGUUCGAGGACAUGAUAAAGCCUUUCCGUCUGCAUGAGGGGUCUAAAGACUACAGUCAGGCCGAAGCCAUGAAGAAUGAGCACCCAUGGAAAAUCACAGAUGAGGAGCUGAGCAGCUUUGAGGAGAAGACCAACCUCCAAAUACGACUCAACGAGCUUCUUCAGGAAAACUCCAAAUCAGCCAAUUUGAUCAUAGUGAGCAUGCCCAUUGCUCGCAAGGGUGUCUCUGAUAUGCUCUACAUGGCUUGGCUGGACAUUCUGACAAAGGACCUUCCACCUACUUUGCUCAUCAGAGGCAACCACAAGAGUGUGCUCACUUUCUACUCUUGAGCACUUUGCAGGCCAAACAGAAAAGUAUCACGCAGCUAAGGGGGAAAAAAAGGGAUUUCCAUAAUGAUGAUCGUGUGUAUGAAAUGUACAAGGAUGUGGAUAACGUCCAGUCUUUCUGGCUGACACCAGAGUCAAAAACCCAUUUAUUUUGAUGGGAAAACAACAGAAAACGCCCAAAUUAGCAAACAGAAGGUAACAAUCAUCUGAUGCUUAAACCUCCCACUUAGAAAAUUUGAUGUUUUAAAACAUGAAAAUAGUUUUUUUGGUCUAGGGGGAUCAUUUUUCGUGAAGGAACUGUGGCAUUUUGUGUGGUUGCGUCCAUCAUAAUUUGCACACUGUAGCAAGACUGUACUUUCUGGCUCUCACCAAACUGACCUGCGACUUCUGGAUCUCUGUCGAUGUGAGAAAAGCCAGAUCUAAGCCAGAUCAUCUCUGUGAGAGCAGAGAUACAGGUUAGACUGACUGACAGUGACUGUAAUAUACAUGUAUAUAGAUAACUAAGUAGAUAUUUUUGCAACAAGAAAACUAUUUUAUAAAUGAUUAACAUGAUAGGGGCUAAAUGAAUUCUUUGAAACCUAUAUUAAAAUGCUUUGAUUACGUUUAAUUAUGUUGUCAAAUGAGUGUAAAAUAAAAUAUGGUGUACUGCUCCACAUUAUUAUUUCAGUGUUUUAAUGUUACGCUUGCAGUAUAUAUCUUUCCUUAAGUAAAAAAUCAAGUCAAACCCAGUGUAAAAAAAACUACUUUGUAUAUUUUAACCCAUUGUAUCUCUGCUAUUUAAAUAAAUGACUAUGAUCACUUGAAAUAAAUAAAUAAUACAAACAUUAAAA